GAAGAUGGAGCAGUUUGUCUUCGAUGGACUCUCCAAUCACCGUUCGACUUCGAACGAAGUCAACAACAACGCGUGCCUUAUGACAACUCAUGGUCACCGAGUCGCUUUAUUAGUAAAUUAUCCUCAGGCUAACCUUAACUCUUUUUCACUGAGAGACGCAGUUGGUAGACAAAUAGACAUCGUGCGCAAUCUUCACAAACGAUGGACCCCAAUCAUACGGUGGGCACUGAAGCAAGAUAUGAGUGGCUAUACGAAGUUGGCCUCCGAUGAACUCCACAAAAAAGCAGAUGACAUGCAAAGCUGGGUCAGGUUGAUGCAUCGCUAUGCCAACCUCGCAAUUGCUGCGGAUGCAGUCAAAAUGACAACCGAAAAAAAACAGUUGAUGCAUCGCUAUGCCAACCUCGCAAUUGCUGCGGAUGCAGUCAAAAUGACAACCGAAAAAAAACAGGUGUAUGUGCACCUUUAG